AUGCCCGAAAGUGUCAAAUCCAGAGAAGUGAUACGAACCGUACAGAUCAAAUGUGAUCUCAGUUCACACCAUCAACCAUGUACCAAUUGCAGGUUAGGGGGGCUUCUAUGCAAGCCACAUGAAAGAAAGCGCCCACGAUACCUAUCAACAAGCCAUACGAGCGUACAAAUCGAGGAGGCUUCCGGCUACCUUAAGGGUGACGAAGAAUCGGUGCUGACUGGGGUGCAGAGUUUUCACCCAGUUGCUCUGUUAGAGAACCGAACUCAGGCAUCGGCACAUCAGAGUGUGAGACUGUGGGAAAGCGCGGAUAUCGAGACAGUAUCAGAAAAUUUCGGACAGAUAUCGCAGAGAGAAGCCAUAGAGUCGCCUGAAUAUGUGGCAGCUACAGAAACCCAUGUAGGCAGAAGCGACUAUAUUGGGAAUCACGACAUCAUAUUUCGCGAGGAAAUGGUGCAUAUUCGGAGUGAUACUUCGCGGUUGUCUCAGAGUGACUUGGAGCUGCUUCAACUACAGAAUGCGUUCGAGUUACCGCAAAGGUCGAUCCUAGCAAGUCUGAUCGAUAGCUACUUCAAGUACUGCUCGCCAUGGACACCUAUCCUGGAACCCCCAGAUGUGGAAGCACUUCUGAGCAACGGAUCGUCUCCUCUAUUGCUCAACGCCGUACUCCUCGCCGGCAGCCGUGUUGCAUCAAGCAAUAUUCUGUCGGCUUCGGCUGAGGAUUUCUAUCGCAAAAGCAGGUUGCUGUUUAUCUUGGGCCAUGAGACAGACGCGAUUAGCUCCAUAAUCGCUGUCACAUUGCUCCAGUGGUAUAAUCCCACCGGUCCCGAGCACAUUUCUACCAGUACAAGUGGGUUCUGGAUCCGGAUUGCGGUUGGAUUGGCGUACCAAAUUGGGUUACACAAGGACCCUGUUGCGCAAAAAAAUAAGAGUCUCCGACGGACAGGGAGGCCAAGGACGAUUAAUCUUGACGAUAGUGAUGUUGUUGCUCUGACAGCCGAUGAUUUUCCAGUCCAAGAUACCAAAUCGCGGUUAUUCGUCGCAUUCUCUGGCAUCAUUCGCCUCCUGGCAGACUUAACAGAACAUAUCCGGCGGAAGACUAUGACAAUGAAGACACAGACCAAUUUGGAAAAUGCCCUUUAUCGCUGGAUCAAAGAUUUGCCAACAGAAUUCCAUCUCUUUCAUGGGUCGCCAAAACGGAUAAGGCCCUAUAAUUUCGAGGGGAGACAACUCCUGGUCCCCUAUUUUGUACUUCUGUUUAUCCUGUCUCGACAUUCGGCUGCACGGAAGCAAUCCAUGAGUAUGUCGUUCGUUGCAUCCUCCUUCGUGGCAGGAAUAUUCGAAGAUCUCCUAAACAGGGAUGAGCUCUGUCAUUGUGGACCAGUGUUCACAUUUUACGCCUUUGCAGCUGGCCUCGCACAAAUGCUGGCAUUGCGGUAUAAUUCUCUCGUUGAGACUGCUGAAGAAUCGCUGUCUAUCAUUCAAUCAUCUUUGACGAAGUUGAAGAAGAGAUGGGGCUCAGCAGAGGGUGCGUUGGCUGCAUUAGCCGAGAUGAAGAGGCUCACCCUGCAGACCCCGAGCCUCGGAGAUGCACCUGACCGAGAUUUCGCAAAGUUUGCGCCAUACGUUGAGGAUUUUGGCCCAGAGCUAUGCAAACAGUACCAGCUUCUAGACGGGGAAACCCCUAUUGAGGAGGCCCUCUCCCUACAACUAUCAGUUCAUUCAAGAUCAACUGGCCUAAUACAUGGUCAGAAAAGCUCCGUUAAUAUCCUUGAUCGCGUUCAAUCAUCUCACCUGCAAGACCUUAAUGCUGAGGACGCCAACUCUCUGCUUACAAGCCAGAACAAUUCCUUUUUCGGUGACCUGGACCCUUUUGGAAGCUGGAUAGACGAAUUGGAGUUAGGCCUGAUGAACGGAUAG